CCUUUCCCUUAGAGGUUGCGAAUUCUUGUUAUUGGAGGGUGAGUUCGGCCAUGUUGUCGAGUUCGUCGACCGGAGGAGAUUUAUAGUGAUUAAUUCGUCAUCUGACGACCGUGGUUUUGUGGAUCGGGUGGUCUUCAGCGAAUGAUGCAGCACUGAACGAUAUGCGGUUUGCCGAAAAGAAAUCGCGGUCCGGAUACGAUUCCAGUAGCGGUGGCGAGUCCGACAACGAGUACAGUGGCAGCAGCGUAUGUCGUGGCGGUGGUGGUCAUCAGUCACAGAAUCCGGCCGCCACGAGCGCGAGCAUACAGGGCCAGGGGAAGCACAUAAACAAAGGAAGGUGGACCAAAGAGGAGGAUGCUUUGUUGAAGCAAUUAGUGAGCUGCGCGGAACAACUGGGCACGGGGCUGCGAUGGGACACCAUAGCAGGACACUUUCCGGAUCGUAGCGACGUGCAGUGCCAGCAGAGAUGGGCAAAGGUCGUGAAUCCGGAGUUGGUCAAGGGACCUUGGACGAAGGAGGAGGACGAAAAAGUGGUAGAAUUGGUGGAACGAUACGGGCCGAAAAAGUGGACGUUAAUUGCACGGCAUCUGAAGGGUCGUAUCGGUAAGCAGUGCCGGGAACGAUGGCACAACCACCUGAAUCCCGGGAUCAAGAAAACCGCGUGGACAGAGGCGGAGGACCGUGUUAUCGUGGAGGCACACCGCAGGGUGGGCAAUCAAUGGGCGAAGAUCGCGAAAUUGCUGCCCGGAAGGACGGACAAUGCGAUCAAGAAUCAUUGGAACAGUACAAUGAGGCGAAAAUACGAGGCGGAAGAGGGGAAAUCAGUCACCGGGACUAGAGGGCGAGGUAGAAGAAAACUGACAGAAUCAUCGGUCACCUCGAAAGACACCCUUUGUACGGAGGAGGACACCUCUGGACACUCUCGGUUGAAAGCUCCAUCUACGAGUAGCGAGAACACGACAACCGUGACAACCGUGCAGGCGCACACUCUGGACAUUGACCAGCUGGACUGGUCCAAGGUCUGGGACAAUCAACAAAACGCUCAGACUUUCCAGAGUCUCCUUACUCUGAAUGAACGUACGCAUAGCAAUGACACCCGGUUGAAUUCGCCUUCGAAGAGGGGGGGAACCUCGUCUGUCAGAGUCAAGACUGAACAGAUAUCACCGUUCACGAAAUUUUCUUGUAGGUAUUUCGAUUUGCAAAUACAAGGCGAACCGACCAGCUCCAGAACUUCAGAGAUCCGACUAAUGCCUAUGCCGGAUUUAGAAGAGAUAUCCGGCAGCAUGACAGAGAAGGAACGAAGCAGUCCGCCCCCGAUCCUCCGUAGGCGUAAAAAUAUUCUUCAACAGAGAAUAGACACCCCCGACAGCGGAAAUCAGUCGGAUUAUUUGAUAAUAACCCAGCAUCCGCCGCAACAGCAACAGCAUCAUCAUCACGCCGGCGAUACAAGCCCAUCCACUCCCAUUAAACAACUGCCGUUCAGUCCGUCACAGUUCUUGAACAGUUUGAGCCCCGAGACAUCUUCCUGGCCACGAGCGAGCACCCCGAAGGGUAGCAGUCCUGGUCCACUCACCACACCGCAACCCACCGGUCUUCGACGAAGUCAGAACGAUGGCAAUACGCCGAGGACACCAACGCCGUUCAAGAACGCUCUAGCGGAGCUGGAGCGUCGUAGCGGCGCGACAACUCAGUUACCUGCCACCCCCAGUCGUCUCGAUGCUUUAACCGAGAUCAUCAAACAGGAAACCGACCGUGAAAGCUUAGCAGGGACCAGUGGUAUCCUUCAGGACUCUGGUUAUGGCACGAUGAGACGACGGGGUAAAGAGAACAGCGCUCCCGGUGGAAAGAGAGCGCGUAAGGCUCUCUGUCAAGCCUGGGCGAACUCUUCUCAGGACAAUUCGGAAAUGAGUUUCGUUGUAGAAACACCCAGUAAGAGCUUGGACACAUCGGUAUUAUUCUCGCCGGCAUCCAUGGCACUGGAGGAUAGUUUCCUGACAGCAGGGACUAGUCCCGUAAAGACUUCCCACGACUUUGCGUCCGUACAGCGGAAGCCUAACGCCAAGAGGGCGAUCACGUUCGAGGCGCUCGACAGUCCCUGCUGUAUACUCAGCCCUCUGCCACUCAGGCCAGUCAAACGCGCCAAGCUACAGUUGGAAGCGCAAUGGACAACGGUGGCCUGUGGACGGACGCGCGAUCAACUCGAGAUGACACGAGCUGCCCGGCGAUUCCUAAGUAGCCACGGAUACUUACCGUUGCGCCCCCGUUCCCUGAACUUCUGAGAGCGUUUCUAACAACCGUGUCGGGGCUCGGUCGCACUUCGUGGUACAAAGGAAAAACGCGACGUUGAACUAGUCGUAGUUUAAAACUAUGUGGCGCUGCCUUCCGUUUAAGGAAUACGGCCUUCUUUUUUUCUAAUCGGAUACGAAUCGAUCGGACGAGUUUAAGGAGGAAGCAAAAAAAGAGAAUAGAAAGCUAUUAGAAAAUUUUACACCGACUGCGUAAGGAUACGCUGUGCAUCGGACCAGUAUCCACAGCGAGUAAAAUAAUAAUGGAUUGACACAGCUAUAAUCGAGUCGAAAUCAACAGACUGCUCAAGGUCACUGAAAGUUCGUGGUUUCUAUGUCAGAAAAUUCGAAUUCUUAGAUGAAGAAACGCAUUUUGAUUUAUUAUACAGAAAACCAGACCUUCCGAUCAGUUGAUUUUGAAUCAUUAUAGAUAUCCCGAUGCACACCGUGUAUGAUACAAGUCGAAUUUUAAAAGAACCACGGUGCAACCAAAAUUGCAUCUAAAAGGAGAGGGGGGAUGUCAUGUGCUUUUUGAACACUUCCGUUUGCUGUUUGUUGUUGGCGAGAGUUGUGUAAAACAUGAAUGAACCGCAAAAACGAAAGCAAAGCAAAAUACACGUCUGCCUUUUCUCAUUGGGGAUGAUAAGAAGUUGGUACAAGAUUGCACUACGCGUUGUGUGUAAAAGAGCCAUUUGUCUACUGGAAUCCUCGCUACAUUAAUCGUCUCGGAUCUUGUACGUUGCUUAUAAUACGUACGUAACGAGAAAAUUUUAUUCCCGAUUUUGUUUGUGGACGAACUAGUGGAAUAACGGUUACGUCGGAUAACCGUUCGCGCAGCGUGUAGCGACCUCUUAUCACACUUAUUCAUGAGAAACGUAAGGUGAAAGAAUGAAGUAAUAGCCGGUUUAUUUGAUACAAUAGUAUAUAUUAUAUAUAAUAUAAAACAAAAGCAUUAUUGCGGCCGUUAUGUACAAAGAGCCUUUGUAACUGGUAUUUAAUUUACAACUGAAUAAUAAAGACGUGAUGAUAAUCACACCAAAAAAGAAACGUGGUCACCACCGCACCGUCUCGAUCCUCCUGUAAAUAGCAGGUGGUACACACACCGUGACUUGAUUCGUGCGGCCGGUAACAAAUACGCUAUCAAUGUGCUAAGACGUGUUUUAUGUAUAAUAGACCUGGACAUAAAUUAUUUAAUACAAAA